CUUCUAGAUUGAGUGACUUUUCCAGCCAGUAUGCUCACCAUGAGGCUUAUUUUUAGCAAUUUGCUUCUGUUUCUUGCUCUCGGACCCUGUUUCAAGUCCACUGAUGCACAAGAGACAACAACAGAGACAGAUGCAAACAUCACCAUCACAUUACCGAACAAUGACACUGUGGAGUCAAAGUUAAGUUCUGAAAUCACCAUCACCACAUCUGAAAAUACAAUUACUCUACUACAGACAGAAACGGAUCCGCAUAAUCCAGAAACCACACUUGUUAAUCAAGUAAGCACCAUGCUUGAGAAACCAGCAUUUGAGAGUACUCCACCACUCAGUACUGAGAUCGAACAAACAUCACCAGAAUCUGUUCCUGAAACAACAACUGUACAAACAGAGCAGACCACAGUGACCACCCCUACUGUGCCUGUUAAUGUGGAAACAACAGUGACUGAACAAAUAACUUCAGACGCCCCAAGCACAAGCCAAUAUGAAACAAUUGUUGGCUUCACUGAGUUAACCAGUCCUACAGAACGUCCUAUAGAUGAAAUCACCACAGCAGCUGUGGCCAUGACCACUGAUUCAACAGAAGCCCUCGAUCCCACAUCCUUCCUGAUUGAAUCCCCAGCAGACUGGUCUGAGUCUCCGUCCAUCAUCUCCAACCCUGUGGACACCAGCACUGAAACCUCCACUACAAGUCUAACAUCAACUUCUCAGCUCCCUCAAAAUACUGCUGCACCCGUGCACCCGUACUCGAAGUUUGAUGAAGAAUCAGUCUCCAACCAUUUCACCCCCACCACCACCAGCGUAAUUAUCGAGGAAAGCAGUCUGCCCAUACAAACCAGCUGGUUAUUAAUAAUGAUAGUGUGUGUGGCCAUUAUUUUUGUGCUAUGUGUGGGCAUGAUUCUGUUCGUCCAGUGGCGAAAGAAAAACGCCUCAAGAAAUUUCGGCCCCAUGUAUGUAGACGGACAAAGUAAACGGUCCAAGAAGAAAAAAGGGGGGGAGGAUGAUGCAUGGGCGGGGCCUGUCAAUCUGGAAGCGGGAGCUGAAUGUGAUGCUGAGGUACAGGAUGGUCUUCUGCCUAAUAAUGGGAAACCGGAUGGAGAUGAUAUGAUGCUCAGCACAUUCGCCGCUCUGGAUGCAGGAGACAUGUCUAAUGGUGGAGUGGGUGGGGACGGUACCAAGGAGGCUAAGAAAUGGGAGGAGCAGGAGCCUUUGAUUUACAUAGAUGAGGAUGUGAAUGAAGACAAGACAGGAAAAACACUGGCAGAGAACGAGACACUGAAAGGAGAUGAAAAAAGUGAAGAGAAGGGGAUGAAUGGAGGAGAAACAUUCUGUCUCACCACAGCUGUUUAAAAGUCUUCUGUUGACUAAAUGAACAUUAAGGGAUUAAUAGGAAUGACUUCUUGAUUACAUAAUCUUGUAUUACGUAAUUUGUGUUAUACAAGGACUAAGUAAUAUAGUUUUUAUAUAUUAUCUGAUGAUCGCAAUUCAUUAUCAGCAAUGGUGCAACGUAUGAUGAUGCUCUAAAAUUCCUACUCAUUUUCCUCAGUUGUUUUAUACUUAAAAGUGCGGUAAUAUUAGCCAAAUUUCCGCGAAAUUUUGCAAGCAAAAUAUCCGUUGUCUACUGUCAAUAGUGUACUGUAGUUGUGUGAAGCACAGGUCAUAGACGUUAACCUUCGAACCAAGGAGAGUUCUAUAAACAGCAAAAUCACAUGACCAACCAGUGGUGGAUAAAGAACUUGAAAGCCACACUUGAGUAAAAGUACAGAUAUCUUACCAGAAAAUGACUUUGGUAGAA